AUGGCUUCAUGUUCUAGGGUUUUUCUUUUUGUGCUUCUUGGUGCUCUUGUUUGUAGUAGCAUUGAUGCAAGGAAGCUUGGGAGUGUUAAAAGUUUAAGGGAUGAGAAGAAUUUCUAUCAUCCAGGGUUCGGUGGAGGUGCUGGUGCAGGAGGAGGUGGUGGUUUUGGUGGUGGUGGUGGUAGUGGAGGAGGGCUAGGUGGUGGUUCAGGAGGCGGGUUUGGUGCUGGUGGUGGUUCUGGUGGUGGACUUGGAGGUGGAGGUGGUUUUGGUGGUGGUGGCGGUAGUGGAGGAGGGAUAGGUGGUGGUUCAGGAAGCGGUUUCGGUGCUGGUGGUGGUUCUGGUGGUGGACUUGGAGGCGGAGGAGGUAUUGGUGGUGGUGGUGGCGGUGGAUUCGGUGGAGGAGGUGGUGUAGGUGGAGGAUCAGGGUUUGGAGGAGGAUCCGGAUUUGGAGGUGGUGCUGGUGGUGGUAAUGCAUUCGGAGGAGGUAGUGGAGGAGGAUUUGGAGGCGGUGGUGGCAGUGGUGGUGGACUUGGUGGUGCAGGAUCCGGUGGAGGAUUUGGUGGUGGAGCUGGUGGAGGAGUUGGAACUGGAUUUCCAUGA